CUUAGGUCGCAAGAAAUUUUGCCAACUACGACUCCUAGCCUUUGAGGGGAGAGGACUUGCCAGGGGCUCGAGAAGCGCCACCCGGGAAUCUCUCCAUCAGUGGGCGUUUAGCGCAGCCAAGCGACAGCCUGGCGCCAGGGCUCGGCAACAGGGAGGCGCCAGCUGAGGCGGGGGGAACUUUGCGCUCGGAGCAGAACCACCCUUUGCUGGCCAGUCGCGUCGCUCCUCUGAGGAAGCCAGCGGCGGCGACUGGGUGGAAAGAGGAUGAAAGAAAGGAAGAGAGGAAGUAGCGAAGGAAGAAGAAAAAUGAAGACAGCGCUGGGGGAGCCCGCGAGAAGGUGGCCGACGGUGGAACAAGGAGGAUUUGGCUGCUUUUCCGCACCCCUGGCGUGAACGCUUUCUCCUGAGCAAUCCCAAAGAAAGAAGUGGGUGAAAAAGAAAGAGACAAGAAUCCAAGUGAGCGCCUUGCCUCCUCGGUCAUUGUUGCCCCCUAGAAAUCCCAGCUGCUUCUCUGCCCAACCUCCCCGAGGAGCCGGACGCAGUGCCCGAGCAGCCAGCCCUGCGGAUGGGGCGGAAAGGGAACGGGCGCCCAAGCCGCGGGUGACCACCGCCGCCCGCCCGCCCUGCUCCGCAAGGGGACCGGGCGGGCAGGGGAUGCGAGGCGGAGGGACGUGGGACUGGGUUCCGAGACUGCCGAGGGCGCGCUAGGCUCCAACUUGGAUGGCCCUGAGUAAGCUCUAGCUCUUGGGACCGCUUCGCCGCGCGGAGUGAGCUGCACGCGGGACCUGGGGGCGGAGACCUUAGGCAGCUGCUGCAGGGGGGCGAGCCAGGCGCAGGAGGGGGCGCGCUUUCUCCCUGCGGGUCUCAGUAAUGAGGAGACUGAGUUUGUGGUGGUUGCUGAGCAGGGUCUGUCUGCUGCUGCCGCCGCCCUGCGCACUGGUGCUGGCCGGGGUGCCCGGCUCCUCCUCGCACCCACAACCCUGCCAGAUCCUCAAGCGCAUCGGACACGCGGUAAGGGUGGGCGCGGUGCACUUGCAGCCCUGGACCACGGCCCCACGCGCAGCCAGACGCAUCCCCGACAGUAGCCGGACAGGCGCCCAGAGAGAUGAACCCCAGCCAGGGACUUGGCGGCCCCCCGCGCCCUCGCCGGGCGCACGCUGGUUGGGGAGCGCCCUGCAUGGUCGGGGGCCACCGGUCGCCCGAAAGCUCGGAGGGGGCGCCGGGGCCGAGACCCUGUGGCCUCGGGACGCCCUCCUCUUCGCUGUGGACAACCUGAACCGAGUGGAAGGGCUCCUGCCCUACAACCUGUCUUUGGAAGUAGUGAUGGCCAUCGAGGCGGGCCUGGGCGAUUUGCCGCUCUUGCCCUUCUCUUCCCCUAGCUCGCCGUGGAGCAGUGACCCUUUCUCCUUUCUGCAGAGCGUGUGCCACACCGUGGUGGUGCAAGGGGUAUCCGCGCUGCUCGCCUUCCCUCAGAGCCUGGGCGAGAUGAUGGAGCUCGACUUGGUCAGCUCCGUUCUACACAUUCCAGUUAUCAGCAUCGUGCGCCAGGAGUUUCCGCGGGAGAGUCAGAAUCCCCUUCACCUCCAACUGAGUUUAGAAAAUUCAUUAAGUUCUGAUGCUGAUGUCACUGUCUCAAUCCUGACCAUGAACAACUGGUACAAUUUUAGCUUGUUGCUGUGCCAGGAAGACUGGAACAUCACCGACUUCCUCUUCCUUACCCAGAAUAAUUCCAAGUUCCACCUGGGCUCGAUCAUCAACAUCACCACCAAUCUCUCCUCUACUGAGGACCUCUUGAGCUUCCUGCAAGCCCAGCUUGAGAGCAUUAAGAACAGCACGCCCACCAUGGUGAUGUUUGGCUGUGACAUGGAAAGUAUCCGGCGGAUUUUCAAAAUUACCACCCAGUUUGGACUUACGCCCUCUGAGCUUCAUUGGGUGCUAGGGGACUCCCAGAAUGUCGAGGAACUGAGGACAGAAGGUCUGCCCUUAGGGCUCAUUGCUCAUGGAAAAACAACACAGUCUGUCUUUGAGUACUAUGUACAAGAUGCCAUGGAACUGGUUGCAAGAGCUGUAGCCACAGCCACCAUGAUCCAGCCAGAACUUGCUCUCAUUCCCAGCACGAUGAACUGCAUGGAUGUGGAGACUGCAAAUCUUACUUCGGGACAAUAUUUGUCAAGGUUUCUAGCCAACACCACUUUCAGAGGCCUCAGUGGCUCCAUCAGAGUAAAAGGUUCCACUAUCAUCAGCUCAGAGAAUAACUUUUUCAUCUGGAAUCUGCAACAUGACCCUAUGGGAGAGCCGAUGUGGACACGCUUGGGCAGCUGGCAAGGGGGGAAGAUUGUCAUGGACUAUGGAAUAUGGCCAGAGCAGGCCCAGAGGCACAAAACCCACUUUCAGCACCCAAGCAAGCUACACUUGCGAGUGGUUACACUGAUCGAGCAUCCAUUUGUCUUCACACGGGAGGUAGACGAUGAAGGCUUGUGCCCUGCUGGCCAGCUCUGUCUAGACCCCAUGACUAAUGAUUCUUCCAUGUUGGACAGACUUUUUAACAGCCUCCAUAGUGGUAAUGAUACAGUGCCCAUCAAAUUCAAGAAGUGCUGCUAUGGAUAUUGUAUUGAUCUGCUAGAAAAGCUAUCAGAAGACAUGAACUUUGACUUUGAUCUCUAUAUUGUUGGGGAUGGCAAAUAUGGAGCCUGGAAAAAUGGGCACUGGACUGGACUGGUUGGUGAUCUCCUGAGUGGGUCAGCCCACAUGGCAGUCACUUCCUUCAGCAUCAAUACUGCACGAAGCCAGGUGAUAGAUUUCACCAGUCCUUUCUUCUCCACCAGCUUGGGCAUCUUAGUGAGGACCCGAGACACAGCAGCUCCCAUUGGAGCCUUCAUGUGGCCACUCCACUGGACAAUGUGGCUGGGGAUUUUUGUGGCGCUGCACGUCACUGCCAUCUUCCUCACUCUGUAUGAAUGGAAGAGUCCCUUUGGUAUGACUCCCAAGGGGCGGAAUAGAAAUAAAGUGUUUUCCUUCUCUUCAGCCUUGAAUGUCUGUUAUGCCCUCUUAUUUGGUAGAACAGCAGCCAUCAAACCCCCAAAAUGCUGGACUGGAAGGUUUCUGAUGAACCUUUGGGCCAUUUUCUGUAUGUUUUGCCUUUCUACGUACACAGCGAAUUUGGCUGCUGUCAUGGUAGGUGAGAAGAUCUACGAAGAGCUUUCUGGAAUACAUGAUCCUAAGCUACAUCAUCCCUCCCAAGGCUUCCGCUUUGGAACUGUCCGGGAAAGCAGUGCUGAAGAUUAUGUGAGGCAAAGCUUCCCAGAGAUGCAUGAAUAUAUGAGAAGGUACAAUGUACCAGCCACCCUUGACGGAGUGGAGUAUCUGAAGAAUGAUCCAGAGAAACUAGAUGCCUUCAUCAUGGACAAAGCCCUUCUGGAUUAUGAAGUGUCAGUAGAUGCUGACUGCAAACUUCUAACCGUGGGGAAGCCAUUUGCCAUAGAAGGAUACGGCAUUGGUCUCCCUCCCAACUCUCCUUUGACCUCCAAUAUAUCUGAGCUAAUUAGUCAAUACAAGUCACAUGGGUUUAUGGAUGUGCUACAUGAUAAGUGGUACAAGGUGGUUCCCUGUGGCAAGAGAAGUUUCGCUGUCACUGAGACUCUGCAAAUGGGCAUCAAACACUUCUCUGGACUCUUUGUGCUGCUGUGCAUUGGAUUUGGUCUGUCCAUCUUGACCACCAUCGGUGAGCACAUAGUGUACUGGCUGCUGUUACCACGCAUCAAGAACAAAUCUAGGCUGCAAUACUGGCUCCACACCAGUCAGAGAUUACAUAGAGCACUAAACACAUCAUUUGUAGAGGAAAAGCAGCAGCGUUUCAAGACUAAACGUGUGGAAAAGAGGUCCAACAUGGGACCCCGUCAGCUCGCUGUGUGGAAUACUUCCAAUCUGAGUCAUGGCCACCGACGAAAAUACAUCUUCAGUGAUGAGGGAGGACAAAACCAGCCGGGCCUGCGGACCCACCAUGACAUCCCUCUCCCGCCAAGAGGAGAGCUCCCUGCCUCCCUGACCACCAAUGGGAAAGCAGCCUCCCUAAACGGGGCUCGGAACUCAGUGAUGCAGGAGCUCUCAGAGCUGGAGAAGCAGAUUCAGGUGAUCCGGCAGGAGCUGCAGCUGGCCAUGAGCCGGAAAACGGAGCUGGAAGAAUAUCAAAGGACAAAUCGGACUUGUGAGCCCUAAGUGGCCAUGCUGCUCCCCUUUCUCAGUUCCUGACCUUCCUCUAAGCGCUUGAGACUUUGUAAGGCUCUUUUGUAACUACUCUCCAAGGUGUGGGGAAGCUAAGGUCUAGGUCUUCUUGGACUUCAAGUCUUCUUGGAGGUCAAGUCUGCUCCCUCUAGCCUGCAAAGCAGCAGCCAGUCUUCUCAAGCUCACUCCUAGGUGUCCAGGGUAGGAGUCUUUAUCAGAGCAAAAAUCUUAAAUUAGACAGGAGUAAAUGUUGUAUGAGGAAUCUGUGAAUAACCAGACAGCCCCCACUCCUGCUAACAUUUUUACCAGGUGCCACAGUAAUAUUUCUGUUUUUUGGCCCUUUCUCUGCACUAUCAACAACAGGAGAUAAAACUGAUACUCAUACCUGUGUCUUACCGGGUUGUUGGUUUUGACCUCAGUAUAGAGCAAGGUUAUCCAGGAUUGCUAGCUUUUGCUACAACUCCCCAGUCUAGGUUUGUUCCUGCAUUCUUCUGGAGCCAGGGAAGAGCUAGAAAAACUUAGGACAGGGAGGUGAGUACUUAAAAUAAUUAAAUGAACAUGUUCAUUUCCCAGCAGGCCCGGACUGAUUGGAUCAGGCAAGAGCCAUGUUUUUGAAAGGGUCCUGGAUCUCCGACACCAUCCUAUCAUUUAGUAGGAAGCUGUUCAUGUGCUACUAUGAAAGGGGCCCAGGAUGUGGUGAGUGGGAGAAGAGGACAGGCAGACAAGGCAUUAAAAAUGUACACCAGGAGUUCCCUUGUGGUACAUCAGGUUAAGCACCUGAUGUGUCACUGCAGUGGCUUGGGUUGCUGCUGUGGCUCAGGUUCAGUCCCUGGCCCAGGAACAGCCACAUCUCCUGUGUGCACCAAAAAAUAAAAUGUACACCAUGCUUUUCAAACAAAAGCUCUGGGCCAGAAAAGCAGUUUGGUUAAGGAAUGAAUAGAACUGUACUUCUAAUCUAAGCAUCUCCACUGUAGUGUGUGCCUUUCAUAAAGGAAAAAAGAGAAAAGCAAAGCAAGGCUAUGGCCUCAGGAUGAAACUGGAACAUCCCUGCUAAUUGCCUGCAGAGGACGUGUGAGCUGGCACUGUGGGUUAAGGGAAAAUGUUCUGCAGACCAUAUACUAGGCUCUUUCCAGAUCAGCAGUCACAUGAGUCUUAGCUGUAGGAAUCCCAGAAGUGAUCCUCAAGCCUGUAAACAUCACAUGCUUCAACACUGAGGAAUGUGCCCUGUGCUUUUCAUAUUUGUGUGGAUAACUACCAGGUCAGUGUCCCAGCUUCACAGCCACUCACCUGUGAGAAGCUCUGAGCAGGCUUUGGUCCCUUUGAUUCUCCCCCAGGCCCCAUCUCAUGCCCUCAAGUGACUGAUGGGAGUAAGCUCUUUGCCCUCUCUCGAGGCAGCCCUUUCCCAGCGUGCAAUGGCUUGGAUGCGCAGAAAGGGAAAGCAAUGUGGGAACCACAGAACUUCAGUUGCCAGUAUUAGUAUAGAUAGGAAUCACCUAGGAACUCAGAAUGCUGACUGCCAGGGCUCUUCCCCAGAAGAUGGGGCCUGAAAGGAGGUGGAUGUGGGCUUAGGAACCUCCUGUUACCAACACCCCCAGGAGAAUGACAUGUGGUUCAAAAUUACUCUUCAAGGAACACUGUUCUAAAAGUUUGGCUGCUCCAGGCAUGGGGAGAAAUGAGAAGAAAGCCAUUCUGAGAGUUUCUCAAACUUGAGGACACACCAUCUGCUGAUUCACUAUCCACACAGCUGCCCCCACCCCAUGGCACCAUUAGGACUAGACUUCCUUGUCUGUCAGUUACUGGCUUUAUCUUCCAGUGUCAUCUUUGCUCCAUCCACCCCCGUCACCUUGAAGACCCAGUGAGGUCUCUGCGCCUUGCGAAGCACUGUGCUCUGAGCUGCAGAUCAGUGGCAAGGCUCCUCAUCCACAAAGUUUCUUCCCCUACUUUUGGAUGCAGUCCCUGCAUUUCCAAGACCUCUCUGGUCCCCCAGGGAAAGAUAACACUUUACGCUAUAACACUUUAGCAAUUAGUUAAUUGUCUCAGAAAGUCCUGGGGUGAGUAGCCGCAGAGAUACUGAUGAGGGAAGCGGGAAGGCUCUAAAGCUAUUCACCAUCCUCUUAGAUGAAACAGUUCAACAAUAAGGGAACAGUGAGCCCUGGAGACGGAAAGGACAACUGGCUGUGAAAUGCCCAUCUUCCCAUGUUUUCAUCCUAGACCCAGAAGCAGGUUUGCAACUGCCUUUGGAAAACUGUGGCCCUUAGCCGUCCUUACCCAUCUGCAGCAGCUAAGGAUGCUCUAGAGCGUCUGCCAUCAUGCUCUGCACCGCUAACCUCUGCACAGCCUGAAAGGCCAAUGUACAGGUGUACCUCAACUCAGAGAACAGCCACGCUCCUAAUGUUGAACAUGGACAUUUUUAUAACUCAGUGCACAUUCUGAUAGUACCUGAGAAGCUGGCUAUUUAAAGGAACCCAGAGGUGAAUUCUUUUGUAAAGAAUCCUUUUGUAUUGCAAUCAAUUAAUCCCUUAAUGUAUCUGUUUUGUAAGUUUGGACUUUUGUACAUUGGGUUUACCUUAAGCUUCUCUCCUGAGGCAUUCUGAGCAGCGGUGGUUAACAUGCCAGACCAUUCUGCCUAUCCACAAAGUAGAUGACCAGGGCAUGGCUCCUUCAGUAUCUUCUGAGGAACUACCUUGGCCAAAACUGUGGCCAGGAUGCGGCAAGAAGCAGCAGGGGCUGAAAGCAGACUUACUGCCAGAGUAUUGCUUGAAAUGCCUCCAUGUUCUGGAUAAAGAAAAACAAAGCUUAAUUGCUUGUGGUGAAAUGAAGCAGUCUCCCUGUUAAGUAGCAGUGGUUAUUUUUAUUGGUAGUAAUUGAACAGUGUUUUGCAAUUUGUGAAACAGUGUGUUGUGUUCUGUAAAAAGAUUUCAUGAAAUGGUGGGUCCUUUGAAACCCUCCUUCCUGUUCUGCUCCACCUCUGUUCUCUCAACCCCCCUCAGGCUCAAAAAAUACAAAGAUCACAAGUCUUCAGGUAGAGAGUGGUUUUCUAGUAAAGAAGAAAGAGAUAAGGAAGGCUACCUUGCCUCCUCUUGUGGGCUCCUCUUUCAUGAGAUCAGGUAGUCUUCCAUUUUUUUCCAAGCCCUCUGAUGCCUGGAAACUGGGAACACAAUAAGCCAGCUGUGUCACACAUCCCAACCCUGUUUUCCAAGGGGGAAUUUCUGGCACAGGAAGCAUCUAAUAAAGUAGGAAUGGGCCAGUUGGAACACAUGAGGCUACUAGUUCAUGUAAAUAAUAACAGUAGGGCUCCAGAGUGUGGGUGCCCAAGGUGAAGGAGCAGGGGGAUCCCUCUAUUAAAGACAAGUUGGAAGAAUGGCUGGGACAGACAACUGAGGCAGCCACAGGGACCCAAUCAGCUGAGGUUUUUAACAACAUGCCUGGAGAUGACUCUCUGUUAUUCACGGGUCUUGCUGUCACACAAACCUUAGAGAGGAGCUGCUGCUUCCAUGCCAACCCACUAAGUGGUAAGUGGAGCGGCUGCCAAGCAAGACAGAGCUAUGUCAUCUGGGCAACAGACUUCCCAGGGCUGGUGCUGGGUCUGUUAGAGCUCUGGAGCUGGUAAGCCCUUCCUCUGUGUGCAUAAAGACUGAAGGGGAAAGAAACCACUUCAUAGUCUCUCUUCCUCCCAACUCAUAUUUUGAUAGGUAAACUGGAAAAUCCACCCAGUCCCUAGAAGAAACUUUCUAGUCAUUGAAACCACUUCACUCUGCAAUGUUUAUUCCUUUCUUCACUUACCCAUACCCAUCAAAUCCAGGAUUUCCUCAUUCUUUUAAAUUUAGUUUCUAAUUGUUUUAUGAAAAUAACAUACCUAUAAGUAUUUUCUUAAGGUCUGUAAAGUGUUUGCAUUGUGUCUUCAUUUGAAUGUGUUUGCAAUCGCUCCGCUCCAGGAAGAACUGAAAUGCUGUGUUGUGAGCAUGAAGUGAACAGGCUGUUUUGCUCCAGCCACUUUUCUUGUACAAUCACGUGGAUGGACUAGAUGCCCUCAGGUCUUUUCCAUCUUCAGUUUCUAUGACUGUGGAAUAAAUGUUCAGAUAGAAACUUCA